AAUUUAAACACUCCUCCAGGGAAUAUCUAUAAAAUCCUUUCAAUCUAAAACCAAAGAGGCGUUGAUUUCUCACCGUGUCAGUAGCUUUGCAGUUCUAUUUGAUCAAUUUCUAUAUCGUUCCUGAUAGGGAGUGAAUGAAAUGAGUUUGAUUCCUAAUCCUAAGCAAUCUCCGUUUUGUCUGAAAUGGCCAUGGGAUGCUUUAAACCCUAACCCUAAAACUCCCCAAACCCCUAACCCCUGCAACAACUCUGACCCUCCUUGGUUAUUCAAGUCUCUCCAAACUCUUGGAUCAUUAGCUUUUAAUUUCGCCAAUUCUCUUUCAAAUUCUCCAACUUCUCAAACUCCAAAUUCAUUGGAACCUAAUAAGAAAUUGAAUUUGACAUGGAACAAGAAGAAGAAAGUGGCUCUAAGUGGCGCGGAGCAGGCCGAGGCUGAGCAGCGUGCAUUUGCUGCUGCUCUGGCAAGUGAUAAGGAGGCGACCUUGCUCGAGUUUUAUUCGCCCAAAUGCAGGCUCUGUAAUUCGUUGGUUAAUUUUGUUUUGGAAAUGGAAACAAGGAAUUCUCAGUGGCUUAAUGUUGUCAUGGCAGAUGCUGAGAAUGAGAAGUGGCUACCUGAGCUCCUUAAUUAUGAUGUUAGUUAUGUCCCCUGCUUUGUGCUUAUUGACAACAAAGGAAGGGCCCUGGCUAAGUCGGGUAUCCCAAGUAGCCGUUUACAUGUUAUAGCUGGGCUAUCACAUCUUCUCAAAAUGAAGCGUCCUCAACAAAACUAAUAGAUGAUGGGCAUGACAACAACCAACAUUUGUCUGCGGUACUGUUCUAUGAUCUUGAGUUUUACUUCUUUAUAAUAUGAUGUCUGAGCUUGUUUUAAUUGAGAUGGGAUUUCUUCUGCCUUCUGUUGGAAUUUGUCCCAUAUGUAAGGUUUUCUAAGAAUUAAAAACAUGUAUGAUUGUCCUUGUAAUUAUCCCUUUAGAUUCAUAGCGUGAAAUUAAUUGAAUCGUUUUUUAUACAAACUGUUCAUCAUUCUUUUUCCUCGCCUUCUUUCUGUUCUUUUUUAAGUGUAAUCUCUGUUUAUUUCCGUUGCAAGUUUUUGUUCUAGAAUGUUGGUAACGAGUAAGCAAUAAUACCCAUCAGUAAAGAAUGUUACAAAGAGUUUAGAACACAAGAAUAACAAACAUACAACUGUUAUGGUUAAAAAUAAACGUUUCAGGUUCCACUUAUAUUUUUUAUCGAUUCCUUAGAAAAAAGAUAUAACUUUUGUCUUCAAAGUCCCUUAUUUUAUUCUUACUAGUCUUAUAGUUAAACACAUGGUCAUGAUGUGAAAAAGUCAUGUCAUAGACAUAAUUUACAUUUUUCAGUUGGAGAAGAAAUUUAUGACAGUACUUUAAGCGGAAAUUUAGAGUUAAAAAUCUCAUCUUAAAUCUCGAGGACACAUAACUUAAACAUUUUAUUCAUACAACAAAAUAAUGCAAAUUUAACAAAUAGCCUUAUUCUAGUUGCAUUCGUGAUCUUACAGUGAUCAACGAUAAUGCAUGACUCUUGGCUACAUUGCAUACGGGUACUUAAACAUCAAACUAAUAGUGAUCUCAACACUCAAAUGACUAGGAAAAAAAUGCAAUAACUAAACAUAGUACGUAAACGUAGCUCUCUCAUGCUAAAUACCCAUGAAGCUACCUAAUGCUCACCAUUAACCUUAUCCCCAUUAUGGCAACACUUGUAGCUAAUAAACACUUCCAUUGUGCGGUGACAAUCUGGACACUCAAUGAAGUCCGGGAUUUUUCCAGCAACAUUAGGAAUCUCAAGGUGAGAGCAGAGAUGAAAGGUACUAGCAACCUUGUGAUGAUGUUCUCUAAAUGCAAAUUCAAAGCCCUUGUUGAUAAACACAUCCUUCCAUUUGUCAAACUCUGCCACAGUUUUCAAAACUGUAGUCCCAUGACCAACAGCAGUCACAAUAGACCCUUUGGUUACAAUUGCCCACCCUGUCUCAUUCUUGUAUGACAGCAAUUUCUCAACCUGUUGUGUUACUGUGUUUGUUUUCUCAUGCAUCUUGGUCACAAACAAACUCUCAACCUUUUUCCAAAAGUUGUUAACCACGUUUGGUUGUUGAGACUCCAAGCAAAAUAGGUCAAUUGAAGUCUUUGCUUGCUUAAUAGCGGCAUCAUUUGCUAGGGCUCCAGCAUACUUAGUGAAUUGUUGAAUCCAUUCCUUAUCUUUGCCUCCAUAAAUGAUGACAGACUUUUCCUCCUUCUACAUGACAUUAUGAUCAAAUAUAAUUAAAUGUUUCUAUAUAGUAGUUUUCUUAAACUCUUAGUACAUAGUAAUUAAACUCUUAAUGUUAUCGUAAUAUCUAUAUGCUUUCAUGAUAAUAAGAGAUUGUAAGAUUUAUGACACCAUUAAAAAACUUACCCAUUUAAUCUUUAUAUCAAUGUCAACAAGGAGGGAAUCAACCCACAUUAAUUCUUGGGUCAUUGAUUCUUCUUUGGAUUUGGAGAAAGGGAAUCCCUUUACUCCCCAAACUUGAAUCAUAUGGAAUGCAUUCUGAUGUAGAAUCUUUCCAUGUGGACUCAACACAACAACCAAAGGCUUCUGCUUGAAAUGCAGUUCCUCCUUUAUGUAUUUGAUGCCUUUUAUAGGUGCAAAGUGAUGCAACACAUACCAAGGCAUCUUAGACUUCAAUGAGUCAAACUUUUUCUUCAACCUAUCAUUCCAUUCCUCCACAAUGGGAACCCACACAAUCUUGUGUUGGCUUCCUGUUUUCUUCAUAUGCUCAUAAAUUGGAAUCAAAAUUGAGAUGUCUUCUUGACUGAUAUCCAGGGUUGAAAUGAACAAGAACACAUCCUUCUUUUUCAACACUUCAAUAUGUACCUGUUUAAUUAUACAACAUAUUUAAACAUAGACUAACUAUUCUAAAAAAUCGAUUUACUGUCAUAACAUAUUAAGCAGUUAAGAUAUGAUAAAUACUAACCAGUGUUUUACUGGAACCAUCAAAGAUGAUGGGUGCUUUUGGAAUGUUUUUCCAAAAAAUCAACACCUUAAACACUUCCAUAAUUUCCGUCGGGGUUUGAAAGAGCUUCUUGAGUAACUUGUUAUACUCUGCUUCAUCUGAGAAUUUAAAAAAAAUCCUUCAAUCUCAGAAGAAAAUACUUACUAUUGGGGUUGACAACACAAAAACAUAUAAUUACCAAUCUGGAUAGUGAUUUGUGACACAUGCUUCCUCAAUUUGCUGAUUAUUAUGUUAAUCUUUUGACCAAAUUGAGAUAAGUCCUGCCUCUUAUCCCUGAAAAUUAAAUAAAAAAAUUAAUUAGUAACUAUUAAUGUAGCUAACUUAAUUAUGUACAAGGUUUCAAUUUCUACAAUAAUAUUGAAACUUACGAAUCAGUAGUGAGGCAUUCAAACUGAGUAACAAUUGCAACAACGGUGAUGAUAACCCAAUAGACAUCAACAGGGAAUUGUUCUAAAGCUGGUGCAAGAGCUGGAACUUCCUUGAUAUCAUGAUGUGAGUUGAGCCUUUCCAACUCAAUGAUGAUAUCAAUCACUUGCCACACUGCUUUGAUCAGAUUGUUGAGUUCCAGAAUUGCACUGCGGUGUUUUUUCAGUGCUUGAGGUUUGGUGAGUUGAGGAACUCUCUUGAUUGUGCCUAAUGAUUUGGCAAGUGGUUCUGAUGAUUGAUACUGUGAUAGAAACCAGAACUCUCCAUAUUCAAGGGCAAAAGCAGAAAGAGUAAGUACU